AUGGCUGACAGGGUGCAUCAUUAUGUGAUGGGAAUGGAUCGUCACUUGAUUGAUAGUUGUAUGGCCAUGGCUUCUCAUCCAGAUACACAAAAAGUUGAAGCCGUAAAGGCUUGUCUUAGACCUACUACACCUACCGAAGUACGUAGUUUUCUAGGGCUAACAGGAUACUAUAGGAGAUUUGUAGAGAAGUUUGCUUCUAUUUUAGCGCCUUUAACAAGGCUAACUCAGAAGGCGACUAAGUUCCUGUGGACCGAUACUUGUGAACGAAGCUUCCAGUUGCUGAAAGAGAAGUUGACUACGACCCCAGUUCUAACUCUUCCUGAAGAAGCAGAAGGAUAUGUUAUUUAUUGGAAAGCAAAUGUUGUAGCAGAUUCACUCACCCAUAAAUCAAUGGCUAGCUUAGCAUAUGUACAACCAGAAUGGAAAAAGAUAGUCCGCGAUAUUUGCCAGUUAGCUAGCCUUGGAGUCCGUUUGGCUGAUUCGGAUGAUGGUGGAGUUUCUGUUUGA